GGGAGCGAGCGGUCGUAUAGCGCAUGCUCAAAACGUCGUUCUACGCAAAUUUGCGCCAACUCCAUGGUGAGGAUGAAGCUAGCCAGCUACGGUAGCUAGCUAGCAGUGUCAGGGCUGAUACUUAGCUACCUAGCAUAUCUUCAUAACAACAAUAACCAGGUAGUUAAUGUUUCGGUGCUGUUUUUCCGGAAAUACAAGGACAAAACGUAUUCUAAUUGAAAUUACAUGCCAGGUACGUGAGGUACAGUUUUACGGUUUUAUAAUUUUAUCACCUUAUUCAAUAUGGAAGGGAACAGAUAUGCCUCUAUAAACAGCAUCAUAGCUAACGUUAGCUUUAACCACAGGCGUAGGGACAAGCACCACCAUCUACAAAGCUAGGCCUCACUAAGGCCAAAAGCCGAAAAUCUGUCGUAUUCUGCCAAAUAUUUUCCUCUAAUUUGGCAACAAGAGGAGUACUUUUUGUGUUUUUGCAUUAAACAUUUGGGACAACGUGGAAGAGAAACUAUUCAAAGCACGUCAAGCUAGCUAGCUAAGUUUAGGAUUUCAUGAAGAAAGGACUCUUCGUCUUUGAAGUGAAGGGAGGCAUUGCAUUGGAUCUUCCUGGGGAAAACAACAUUGUGUUCUCCAAGAACUAGAAGCCAACUAACUAAAAGGAACUUUUUAAAUACUGUGUUAUUGUUUUUGAGAAUAAUGUGCUGACACUUGUCAGACAUUGCUUGAGAAUUCGUUCAACGGAGAGCUGGUUACUUGCUCACUUCGGCUGUGUUUGAAUGUGGGAUAAAAUGGAGACCCCAACGAUUGUCUACGAUCUUGACACCUCUGGUGGUCUCAUGCAGCAAAUACAAGCGUUGCUCGCACCUCCAAAGUCCGAAGACGGCGAAAAAAGAAGUCGGAAACCAGAGAAAAAUCCCCGGAGAGCGGGGAGAGCCACGAAUCACGACACUUGUGACAGCUGUAGAGAGGGAGGCGACCUGCUCUGUUGUGAUCAUUGCCCUGCCGCCUUUCAUUUACAAUGCUGUAACCCACCCCUGAGUAAGGAAAUGCUGCCCCCUGGAGACUGGAUGUGUCAUCGCUGCAUGGUGAGGAGAAAGAAGCGGGAGCAGAAGAAGGAGCAGAUCAACGGUUUGCUGGAACGCCAGCAGUCUAAGCAGUCCCCCUCCCCUGCAGCGGAGGUGGAGCUGGCCCCCGGCACCUUGAGGCUGGACCCCACGGCAGCCGUAGCAGGCGCCGCCGGGCUGAGGGCGGCAGCCGUGGCCCAGGUCCGUCUCCUGGAGCGGAGGCCCGGCAGCAGGCCUAACACCCCCACCUCCAACGCCUCCACCGACACCCCUACGCCGUCGGAGCAGAAUGACAUGGACGACGACAUGCUGGACGUGGAGGACGACGCCCAGGGCUCAGAUCCUGAGAGCUCCACGCCCCACCUCAAGAGGCCCUUUGACCUCCUGAUAGCGGCUGCCAUGGAGAGGAACCCCACCCAGUUCCAGCUCCCUAACGAGCUCACUUGCACAACUGCGCUUCCAGGAACCAGUAAAAAGAGGAGGAGAGAUGAGAUGACAGGAAAGAAUGUGAAAAGAUUGCAGCAUGAGCUGGACCACAACGGGCUGGUCCCACUGCCAGUGAAGGUCUGCUAUCCCUGUGGCAGGAGCUGCAGGCUGGCCCCAUUAAUCCAGUGUGACUAUUGCCCCCUUCUGUUCCACAUGGACUGUCUGGACCCCCCUCUUACUGCCAUGCCUGUAGGCAAGUGGAUGUGCCCCAAUCACAUAGAGCACAUGGUGCUGAACCAGAGAAGCCUGACGCUAAGUGGCCGCUGCCAGCUGUUUGACCAGUUCCAGGACAGGAUGUCCCAGCAUGCCGUCAAGGUGGACUUCCUGCAGCGGGUGCACCGCCUCAACCCCCCCGUCCGCCGGGGCGCCCACCUGCACCUGAAGAAAACCCUGAAGGUCCCUGAUGCCAUUAAGUCCCAGUACAACUGUCCCCCGACCAUGAUGGCACCGGCUGGGAUCCGCGACGGGCAGCUGGUCUGUAACGGCGCUCCGGAAUCCCCUCAGCAGCACCUUACACCCUCUCAGCACUUAACCAGUGAGGAGGAGCAACAGCAGUGGCUCCGAGACGUCAUCACGCUCCAGUGCAGCAUCGUCAGGCAUCUGUCAGCCAAGAAGCCGUCGUCGGACUGGGACUCGGACCAGACGGACAAGGCCAGCGUGAAGCCCCGCCUGGCCGCGGAGGAAGGGGCCGCCGUCUGCCCCUCCAACAGGACAGAGUGUCCGGCCUCCAAGGCCCAGGCAGACAGCGCGCCGGCGGUCCCUCUGGGAGGGAAGUGUCCAGAGAAGCCUUGUCACCACUGUGGGCCCGGCAGUGUGAACGGACCUCUGGCCGGGACCAACGGGAGCCCACACGCCUGCAGGCAGGACGCCCCCCUCAAAGCGAGAGAGGCUUUAGCUUCUGACAGGGCCGUUCCUCAGACACCAGCAACCUUUGGCUCGGAGUUGCCCAACCACACGGGCGUAGCUGCGGUCAAGACAGAGAACACCCUGUUAAGACCCUGUGUCGGUCCGGCAUCCGCAGCCAUCAGUUCCCCCAAACCAGUCCCCAGAGGUCCCUCCCCACCUCACAGUCCCUCCCCGGGCUCAGAGGGCCCGGUUCUGACCAGUAGCACCACCACAGGGGCCUGUGUCCUCAGCCCACCCAGAGCGCCACACCAGACCAAAGGCACUAGCAAGCUGGGCUCCGUCACCCCGCCGGCAGACGGAAAAGACUGCGCCGAUGCCGUGACGCCCCUAACUACGCCCCCCAGCUCCGUCUCCCUGGGAGACCUGAAGGCUGUGGCAGACUGCCAUGGUGAGGUUCAGCUGAGUAAUCUGGACGAAAAGUUUAUCAAGCUCCUGGCCUUGCAGAGGAUUCAGCAGCUGUUUGGGCCUAAGUCUCUCCUCACCCCACAGAGCAGCUGUGUUAGCCAACCUCCCGUGCCACAAACCCCGCCUAUGGAAGCACAAAACAAGGAUAUCCAGGCCAGGGCUGUGUUUUAUCCUUUGACUGGGAAGGGCGGAGCGGUCAGUAUGUGUUACAGAAGCCUGUACAUAGGAACUGGUGCUGACAUGGACGUGUGCCUUACAAACUAUGGUCGUUGUAAUUAUGUGUCAGGAAAACAUGCCUGCAUCUUCUACGAUGAGAACACCAAGCAGUAUGAGCUGCUCAACUACAGUGAACACGGCACAACGGUGGACAACGUGCUGUACUCCUGUGACUUCUCUGAGAAGACCGGCCCCAGCCCGGCCAGCAACCUGGUCUCCAGGGUCCAGAACAUUAUCAAGCGCUGCAAGAGGAGGAAGGAGGAAGAGGAAGGGGCUGGGGAGCCCGAGGCGUCGGAGGAGGGGAUGAUGAGCCAGUGUCAGGGGACUCCUUCCGAUCCUGGCUGCGACUGUAAGGCCAGCAGCUCCAGUCUGAUCGGGGGCAGUGGGGCCGGCUGGGAGGGCACCGCCCUGCUCCAUCACGGCAGCUUCGUCAAGCUGGGCUGCAUGCAGUUUGUCUUCAGUAUCACAGAGUUUGCCUGUAAGCAGCCCAAAGAGGAAACCCUUCAAACCCCCACCACCACUGCCACCCCCCACUGCGAGGAGGGAACAGAACCCUCUGACACGCACACCUCCACCUCCCAGCUCCACGCUGUGCCAGUACUUCACCCUAACACAGUCCCCUAGCGUCAUCCUGUUCCCUCAGCAACAACAACAGGCCUCAACGGCUCACUUGUAUAUUCUAUAAAAAAGGACCUUUUUUUAUUAUUUGAUGUUCAUACAGUUGCAUGAAAUGAAGUAUUUUUCCGGCUCAGAUUUUGCGGCCAAGUUGCACAUAGAAUUUCUAUUGUUCUUGUUUGUAAAUUGACAACUUUCAGAAAGUAUUUGAAUUGGCAUUCAUAAAAGGGAUGGUUUGUUGUCGACGUUAAAAACUGUCACGAAGUUUCCAGCAUACUUGUACUCAACUACUUUUGCCAGUAACAUGCUUUUUCCCCCCUGAAAAAUUCUUCUUUAUUUGCUCUAUCAUUUAGUUGAUGUACUAUAUUUGAAAAUGUAGUUGUGUUCAAAUGUUUGUUUUGCUACUAUUGCACUACAGGUAGCUCUUUAUUCAAACGUGUGUACACAUCCAUGCUUAUAUGUGUGUUGAAGUGCGCACAAUAUACAUGAUUAUGAAUCCGUUUUCAAUAUAGAACAAGGGAAGCAUAGGAUUCUGUAUGCAAACUCCAGUUAUGGCCAUUUUGGCUUUUAAAUCUGUACAGUGCUUCAUGUGAAUUUUGUGCAGUAGUUUUCAAAAGUGUUAGUCCAGUUUUUUGCAAUACUCUAGUCUACUGUAAAUAUUGUCUGUUUUAGAAUUCAUCUGAACAUUUUCAUGUACUCUGUAAAUACAAAGCAACUUUGAAAUGGUUUCUUGUUGUCUGUCAUACCAAUGUAAAUACCUAAAGAUUUUUAAGCGUCCGAGAA